UCACAAUCAUGAGUGUGAGAUGAGAGAGAGAGUACGUUGGAAGACUCAAGGAGUUCACUGUUUCUCUGACUUUGAUGCAUGCAGGUGAAGAAGGUGAAAACUGAAAAAAAUCUGAUUGAAUGGAAGAAGAAAAAUGUGAACAGAGUUAUGUUAUGUAGUAAGUGUGAACAAGGGUUGGCCUUUGCUGCUGAUGUUCAUCACUGCAAUGUUUCCACAUUUGGGUUUCUCGGAUUGAGAAAACUUUUUGAAUUUGCUGCAGCAAGGAAAUGAUGAUGUCAUCCUUUUAAGAGGAAUGGAACACUAGGAUGAUGCUGAAGAAGGGAAAAGGAUCAUAUCUGGAAGAUUUGUAAUCUCAUGGCUGAUUCUUCUUCCAAUUUCUCUUUACCUUGCGAUGCAUUAAGCCUAAGACAAAUAAGUUUCUCGAUUUUCCAUUCCUCCGGUUCUAGGUUGGGGGUUGGUGCAAAAGGUUUAUCAGAUUCUGAAUCUGUUUGGAGCCCUACAUCUCCUUUGGAUUGCAGACUCUUCUCAAAUCUUAGCAACCCAUUUAGUGUUAAGUCUUCUAGACCUUCAUUCAAAACUGGGCAUAAGAAGCAGUUUGAUUGCAGCAAAGUAGGUCUUGGCAUCGUGAGUUCACUUGUUAAUGAAACCAAAUUUAACAAUGACAUCUUUGGUAAAUUUCAGAGGAAAAAUAUAAUCUUUGGACCUCAGGUGAAAACUGGCAUCCUUAAAUUCUCAGACAGCAACCAUGAAUCCCUUACAUCGUAUUUGAAAUCUAAUUCCUUGCCCAAAAACUAUGUAAUUUCACUUCCUUCCGAGACCAGAAGUCCCAAAUCUGAAGUGGAAAACUUCGAUGAUGUCUCCGGAAAGAGAGAGGGCAAUUGGGAACCUGAAACUUCCAAAAGUACCAUGACUUCUUUGCCAGAUUCCAUUAGGCCUUCUUCAUUAAUCAACUCAAAUCAAAACUCCAUUUUGGGAACCAAUGAUUUAUUUGUACAAAAUACAUCUACAUUAAUGAAUUUGCCUCCAAUGACAAGCAGAAGUUCACAAGUGGAUUAUGUUUUGAAAGUUAAAUCAAAUUCUCUUCCAAUAUCCAUUGAUUUUAGUAAAGGGUAUAUAGGUUCACUCUCUGCAAGAGAGAUAGAGCUUUCAGAGGAUUAUACCUGCAUAAUUUCUCAUGGUCCAAACCCUAAGAGAACACAUAUUUUUGGUGACUGCAUUUUGGAAUGUCACAACAAUGACUUCACUGAGUUCAGCAAGAAAGAAGAACCUGCUUUUGGAUCUUCUCAUGUUCCUUCGUCUUCUGAAGGAUCAGCCCCAUAUCCUUCUGGCAAUGUUUUGAGCUUUUGUUACUCAUGUAAUAAGAAGUUAGAGAAGGGGGAAGACAUUUACAGAUACAGUGAUGAGAAAGCAUUUUGCAGUUUUAACUGUCGAUCAGAGGAAAUUUCGGUGGAGGAAUUGGAGAGAACUAGUACUAACUCAGCAGAGAGCUCUCCUAACUCGAGUUACCAUGAUCUCUUCCUCACGGGUCUACUUGUGUCCAAAUAACUUGCUUUAUUUACUUUGUUGAGAGACAAUGUGGACAGCAUCUGUCUAUGUGGAUUUGUUUGUGCUAUGGACGAUUACAAUGCAAAUUAUUCAGUGUGCUGGUUCUCAAGAACCAUAUUUCACGGUUUAGUGAGUUAUAGCUAGUAAAGGCAGAGUUUUAUCCCUUCUGAUAACUCGACAUAUCUGUGCAUUGUAAUAAUGUUCACUAGAUGAGUUGAAAGAGGCCACAGGCCCUCGCUCAUCAGUUUUUCCUUUCUUUACCUAU